AUGUCACAUCGACUAACUCGCAGUCAAUGUCUAAUAGCUGAAGUAGAUUCCUACCUUAUGGUUGCUCGUGCGGUGGCAGCAGCAUCCGGUUCAGUCAGUUCUCAAGCUUCUUUUGAUAAAACACGUCCAAGUGACAUGUCGUUGGAAUUAGUAGAUAGUGGAAGUGCUGCUAGUAAAUCAUGUCCAUUUAAUAACUCACCUCAUUCUUUUCGGUCUCGGUUUAUUAAAGUUCCUUUCCAGGUAGAAAAAUUAUUUGACGGUGAUGA